UAAACAUCGCGCGCUCCUCUUUAAAAGAAAAAAAUACAAAAUUACUUAAUCCAUAUAUUUAACCCGAUUCUCGUAAAAAAAUUCGUUAUCAUAUACAUGACAUAAUUAUUUAAUAUUUUUUUUCUAUUUUGAGAAUUAAAUAAAACAAUGAUAAGCCAAUUGAAAAAUCAACCGGUAUGUUUGCGAUAACGUUCAACUUUAUUUUUGCCUACACACUUACGUUGACUUUUACAUUCAUACUUAUUUUAUGAAAGAAUUCAUAAAAAAAAUUAUAAAAAAGGUGAAAAUUCUGCAUAAUAUUUUUUUUUCUUAAUUAAUUAAAAAAAUAGUGCCACGAAAUUUUUUUUUAUCCAAAAAAAAAGAAUAAAAAUUAUAUUAUACUAAGUGAAUGUUGUGAACCACAUUUAUCACAAAAAAAAAAUAUAAAAUUUAUGAAUGCAGAAUAGAAAUAAAUAAUACAAAAAAAAAAGUUUAUUCCGUUCCAUGCCAUGAACACAUGCUCGCGCUGGAAUCACUUGUGGAGCAAAGUUUGUGUAUUUAUCGAGUGUAAAAGAAUAACAAGACAAGCGGAUUAAUUAAAAAACGUUAAAUAAAAACAUUUCUGGGGAAUAUUUUUUUUUUGGUGUGUAAAAAUUUUUUAAAACAUUCAAUUGAUUUACCAUAAACAACAAAACAAACCGAUGACGAUAGAGGAUUAUAAAUAAAUUUGUAUUUAUUAUUGUUUUGAGUGCCUUCGAACAGCAAAGCAAGACAAGAUUUUCUAAUAAAAUUCCGAAGGUGAAACAUCAUCAUUUUUUAACACUAUCGCGUGUGUAAAACUGAUGCUGCUUUUGAUUGUUGGUACUGCUAGUUGUUACUGCAUCAUCUACUUCCUCUAUGUCGAACAUGUCUAAGCAACACAGAGACAACAGCUAGAGAUGGAUUUGGAUGACAUCAUUGAAAAAAUGAAACUGUAAAAAAAUUGUUGUUGCGUUCUUCUUCUUCCGCUUACUCGCAUUGGCAUUGUUUACAACAACAACAACAAGUUGAAUGAGAUUCAACCAGAUCGCUCGCGUGUACAAAAAAAAAAUUGCUUUUCGCUACCAGACUAUUACCACAGACCUACUCGUAAUAGUAAACAUAACAAAUUUAUGUUUUAUUGCUUCUUCGUGCAUCUCGUUUCCACGGAAAAUUUAUUAUUGAAGUAGGUGAUAAGUGUAUUUUUAACCCAAAAAAAGUGAUCAAUCUACUGCGAUACGCCUAUUAAAAAAAUAAAAUAACAAGAAAAUAAAAAUAAAUAAAAAAUGUUGUUUCAAAAUAUUUACAAAAACACGAGUAACAAGCUCAAUGAUAAAUUGGCGUAAAGUGCAAAAAAAAAAAGAUUUUUCUCUCUCGCAAAAAAAAUUACGUAAUUUUGUGUCACAACAAAUAAAUAAAUAAAAUUCCUAAAAAAUUUGCACAAAUAUUUCUAUCAAGUGAAAAUGAAAACGAGGACAUCAUCGUCAUCAUCAUCUUCAAACUGCACAAAUGGAUCGCUGUUCGCCGUAAUAAGUGUAUUUUUAUUGGCUGCACCAACGUUCGUGACACCGUUCAACUUUGAGAAUCGCUUGCCAAUUCUGAAACAAGGUCAAGCUGGAUCGUAUUUUGGAUAUUCCAUUGCGGAGCACGUUGAACUCGUAAAGGAUCGCAGUGGCAGAGUGACGGAUGAAAGAAAAUGGUUAUUGGUUGGUGCCCCUUUAGGAGAGAAUCUUCAACCGAGAACGAAUAGAUCGGGAGCUUUGUUCAAGUGUCCUUUAACUCAAAAUAGGCGGGAUUGCGAGCAGGUGAUAACGGAUGGAUAUCGACUUGACGAAAACACAGGAGGCCCUUCGAAGAUCUUAGAUCCGCCGUACGACGAUGAAAUCAAGGAUGGUCAAUGGAUGGGCGUCACAGUUCGUUCUCAGGGCAAAGGGAAUGUGCUGGUAUGCGCUCAUCGGCACAUCAAAAAGAGCGGCGAAUCACGUUGGGGACAGGGAAUGUGCUAUUUGCUGAAAAAUAAUUUGGGUUUCGAGCAGAAUUUUGAACCUUGUACGGGACGACCGACGGAGCGCGCUCACGAGGAUUAUGGAUUCUGUCAGGCGGGAACUUCGGGCGCCAUGUUGGAAGAUGGCACAAUGAUCGUUGGAGCUCCCGGGCCUUAUACAUGGCGCGGAACGAUGUUUCUCACGGCAACUGGCGGAAACUACCUUUCGCGCGACAAAACUCAAUACUAUACGCCUCACAUGGAUCUCAAUUCGCCCGUCGAUAAAUACAGCUACCUCGGCAUGGGUGUCACUGGCGGAAAAUACUACGGAAAUUAUUAUUCUUUCGCAGCAGGUGCCCCCCGCUCCGAAGGCUUUGGUCAAGUCGUGAUUUUCUCGAAAAAUAAUAAUGCAAAUCCGAUGUUGGUGACUCAAGUCAUCAAUGGCACGCAAUUUGGCGCGAAUUUUGGAUACGAACUCGCCAGCGCCGACAUCAAUGGCGACGGAAAAACCGAUUUAAUCGUCGCUGCGCCAUUUUAUUUCGAAAAAAAUAACGGCGGAGCAGUUUACGUGUAUCAAAAUAAAGAUUUCUCACUGCCGCAAGACCCAACAUUGACCUUAACCGGUAAAUUUGAGUCGCGUUUCGGUUUGGCGCUCGCUAAUUUAGGCGACAUAAAUCAAGAUGGCUGCGAAGAUCUCGCCAUUGGUGCUCCCUACGAAGAACGUGGCGUCGUUUACAUCUAUCUCGGUAGCAAAAAUGGACUUUUAAAGGAACCAUCACAGAUUGUAACUGCUGCAUCAUUAGGUCUCAAUACACCAACCACCUUGAAAACCUUCGGAAGUUCCUUAUCAGGCGGCGUCGAUCUCGACAACAACAUGUACCCCGAUCUGCUGAUUGGCGCAUUCAAUUCUGACGUUGUCGUGGCGUUACUUGCUCGACCAAUCACAAACAUCAAAACGGAAAUUGAAGAUUCACAACUGAAAAAUAUCGCUCCCGAUAAAAUUGGAUGCCAAAGUGAUCCGUCGAGUAAUUUGACGUGUUUUUCCUUUACGGCUUGUUGUUCUUUUGAACGCGUUCAAAGUCAGCAGGAACUGGAAUUGAUCUAUAACAUCGAAGCGGAGACGUUUAAUGGCAUGAAGAAAUUUUCCCGCGUUUUUUUCGCGCCAUAUUUGGAAAGUAAAAACAAUUCGAUACGGAAGUCGAUUAAAAUUUUACCGAACGGGCGUCAAAAUUGCCAAACUGAGACUGUGUAUUUGAAGGAAAAUACGCGAGAUAUCCAAACUCCGAUAAAAUUCCGUUUGAGUUAUAAAAUCGUCGAGCCGCCAUUGCCUGAUAGUGCUUUGACGCGUCUCCAUCCGAUUUUGGAUAAAACUCAAGCGGAUAGGACUUUUGUAGCGACUUUCGCUAAAGAUUGUGGCUCCAACGACAUUUGCGAGACGCAAUUGGAGCUUCAAGCGACCUUAGUUGAUAUGGAAAAAACUGAAAAUCCCUCGGAAUAUGACUUGAUUCUCGGAAAACGCAAUGAAAUCCACUUGAAAGCGACAGUAACGAACGAUCAAGAUUCCGCUUACGAAGCCCAACUUUUCAUUUUGCAUCCGAAAACGAUUACUUACAUCGCCACAAGUAAAAGUACCGUCGUUUGUAAUUCCUUCAAUGAAACUUGCAUCGCUUGCACGCUCGGGAACCCCAUGAAACGCGACACAACCGCUUCCGUUGUCGUUCGUUUCGAACCAAGUGGCCUCGAUGAUUCGACGACAAAUUUGGAUUUCCAACUUUUUGUGAAUUCGACAUCGAAACAAAUCAAACCACGCCCGGAUCUCUUCCUCACAGCGAAAAUUGUGAAAAAAGCCGAAGUCAGUAUCGUGGGAACAGCUAGGCCCGAACAAGCCUUCUACGGUAGCGAAGCAAAACGAGAACGUGACGAAAUGGAAAGCAUCAAUGACAUUGGAACCGCCGUUGAGCACAUUUACGAAGUUUAUAAUGAUGGUCCGUGGCGCGCGACAUUCAUGGAAGUCUUUAUCGAUUGGCCGCAUCAAGUGCCAACGGGCAAGGAUUUGUUGUAUCCCGAAGAAUUGCCGAUUAUUGAAGGCGGGGGAGGCGGUACAUGCUCCAUUGUGGGCGAUGGCGUCGUAAAUCCGCUGAAACUCGAAAGGAGACCCACAAAAGUCAUGAGUCAACUUGUCGAGGAACCCAUCCCGGAGUCUCUGAGACAACGCACGGGAGCAUUACGGAACAAGACGUUGAUGGAGACGUCGAGUCGGUAUCAGGAAAAGAGCAGCUCGGUACAUGUGAAGGAAGAAACUAGCUCAAGUAGUGCGUUAAAUCGGGUGCGACGAUACACGGAAGAUGUCAUAAAAGCGGAAAAGUUGGUAGAUAGCAAUGGGAACUCGAAAUAUGUCGUUACGAUGGACUGCCAAAAAUCCACCGCCAAAUGCAUUCGCUUCAAAUGCGUAAUUUUCAACCUUCAACCAAAAAAAGAUGCCUUCAUCAGGAUGCGAGCGCGUCUCUGGAAUGCCACUCUAACCACAGACUAUCCCAAAAUUGAUUCUGUUCGUGUGGUAUCGCAUGCAGAAAUUGUCAUACCCGAAAUUUACAAAAUUCAUCAAGACAUUAGCAAUGAUCGAACAACUGCUGAAACAAUUGCAUACCCCGAUCUUCCUGGCGAAGACGAAGGAGUUCCCUUCUGGAUUUAUAUUCUUGCUAUUUUAUUGGGACUCUUGUUACUCGCUCUCAUGGCAUUGUGUCUCUGGAAAUGUGGAUUCUUCAAACGACGACGACCCGAUCCCAUGGUUUCCGGCAAUUUGGAAAAAUCAAGCGAAACUAAACCUUUUAUUUCGUAAAUUUUGUAAAAAAAAAUGUUUUUUGUAAUAUUUGAUACGCAUUUAAUGUACAUGUAAAAUCUAGAUGUUGCCAGUUUAUACAAUUUUUCAUAAAAAAUUUCGACAUCUUUUACUUUUAUACUUAAGAUAGUUGAUAAAAACUGUUAAUAUUGAAAAAUGCGAUACUAAUAAUAUACGAAAAAAGUGGAAAACUUAAUUUUAUAUAAAAUUUAAGUUAAUUUUAAUUCAAAA